UUUGGUUUUCUAUAACAAAUUAUUAAAACAAAGUAUUACGAAAACAGAGAAGUGUGUGAAACUAUAUAUUUACAAAAUGCCGAAGACGGGCGCCACACGCUACCAAAAAUUCCUUAAAUCAGAAAAGUCUAAAACGAAAUUCAAAGCUAAGAAAGAUUUACCUAAAGGUACGAAUGUUACGAAGACGAAUUUCAAAGUAAAGAAGAUAGUUUUAAAGGAACAGCUAACGAAGCACGCAGAUUCUGAAGUGUUAUCUACAAGAAAACUGAAUGCCAAGGAACUUUUGUCCCGCUUAAAUCAUUUUAACACACAUUCUCGAACAGAAGCUCUUAAUGGGUUGAAGGAAAUUAUAUCGACUCAUUCUGAAGUUUUGGAACAGAAUCUUGGACAGUUUAUUCUCGGUGUAGCUCCGUUGUUACUAAAUAUAGAAAGAGUGGUGCGUCGUGAGGCCCUUAAAGUAAUGCAUUUAAUACUGUCUAACAUACUACAAGAGAAGCUUGAUCCAUUCUUUGACAUCAUGUCUACAUACCUCAGAAGUGCAAUGACUCAUAUUGACAACAGAAUACAAGAAGAUUCACUUCUAUUCCUAGAUGUAUUACUCCUUUGCUCACCAGAGAAAGUGGCUAAAGACUUCUACAAAAUAAUUCCUAACUUCCUAGACAUGAUUUCGAAGUUACGAGUUGAUUCUAAACCAGGAAGGGCUUUAACAGUCAAUUUAAACAGCCAAAUAACUAGUGUAAAAUGGAGAGUCAAAGUCUUGCACCGUUUACAAGAGUUUCUACAUAAAUUUGUUGAUCAUAAUAAUAUACACAUGACAGAUCAGAUAGCUGUGAAGAACACACAGUUUUUUGACUAUACAAAAAUGAAUAAUUAUUCACUGUUCAAUCAAAGUUAUACUUCCGUGUGUUAUGUAACCUGUUUUUCAUCAAGGAAUUUGCAUGAUGUCGUUCUUUUAGAUGAAGUGCAGAAAUUUAAAGAAUACAUGGAAACAUUGAUGCCUCUACUAUUUGAGACUUGGGUAGAAGUAUGCCCAAAUGUGAAUUCUGAAAUGAAUAUUGAAACAGUUGUAUCUGAAGAUGCAGCAAUUUUAUUAAAGCAUACACUUGAAAUUAUUUCUCUGUUAUGGGAACUUGUUCAGUAUUUGAAUAAGAAGAACCCUAACUCUGAUAUACAGAAAAUCUUUUGUAUUAAGUACAGGCAACCCUUUAACCAGCACUUUGUGCAUCCUUUUCCUUUUGUAACAAACAUAAAAUCAAGACAGGUUACAACUGGGAAUUUACCAUUUGAAGAUAGCAUUACUGAUCCCAAAUUGGUAGCACAAAACCUUGAAAUCUGUCAUUUGUUUAUAAUGUUCAAUCCCUAUGUCAACAUCAAGAGCCAAAAUAGAGAAAUAUCUUCUGUUCUAAAUUAUAUUGAGAAGACAUUUAAUCAGAACACACGAGACUACAUAAAUGAUGUUGUGAUUAAGAUUUUGCAUACAAUAUUUUCAAAAGAAGUCACAAGUUGGACGAAAACUUUGUCAGUCAUGGAUGCAUUGUUCAGGAAAAUAAUCUGGGCUUAUUUUAACAAAGAUAUGUCAAAUCAGUUCAAACAAAAAAUCUUUGCAUUGCUUUGUAUGAUUGCUCUGAAUGAGAAACUUGGACAUUUUCACAAUAGCGAGGCAUAUGAAAAGUGGCUCAAUAACUUACCUGAUAUUUUAUUACAAGACACGGUAACUACACAAACAAUUGAUAUAAUGUACAAAUUUGCUACAAGAAACAACGGCACAUUCAACACAGUUGUUAAACCAAAGCUUAAAAGCAUUAUAGAGAAUUUACCAAAGCUCUCCAUAUCAGAUGUUAGUGAUGGUUCAAGUGGGCAUCACAAGCUGUAUUCUUUACUAUAUUGGAUAAAAAAUUGGGACAACGAAUCUUUAAAUUUACUGGAGAAACAGUUACUUGACAAUGUUUAUAAAAGUGACCAUGGCAAAUACAUCUUUGAUACGCUGAGGUUAAAAAGUGGAGCCAUAUUGUAA